UCUGGGCCAACGCGAGCACGAUGCUCAGUUUCGCGCACCAUUUUGGAGCAGUCAAGCAGUCAUUCCUUCAAUAUUCCAAUCAAAAUCCAAACAAACUUCGGCGCUGACGGUCGUGUUCUAGCGUAUUAACGUAUUUUUUAACCAACAGACAGAAACACUUACUGUAUUUUCGUAUCUGUGGCCAAGUUUAUUAUUUUUUUGUCCCUAUAUUGUGACCUUUAACUGCAACAAAUAUAACUCUCUUCGCGCAGCAGAGUGAGAUUAUCCGCACUUGAGGCCGCACUCUCACUUAAACUUGCAACAAAUUAAAAGUAGUUAAGCAGAGUAAUCCAACGCGUGCGUGCUUUUUUUUUCUCCAAGAAGAGAGAAUUAGAACAAUAGUUUAAGUGCAGAAAUCAUCAAAAAGAGUGCCAUAAAAGAGUGCCAGAGAAAGAGAGAGAGAGAGUGUGCGGCGGAGCGUCAUUGCGGAGGAGUUACGUCAAAAGAAGUCACAGCGGCAACAACAAACCGCGCGCCUGGGCACCCAAGACGAGUAACUGUGAAAGAAGAAUACUAAGCGGAGAAGGUGGUGUAGGAGGAGAGCAGCACAAACAGCCUUUGGCGGCGGCGUCGCCGUUAUUUUUCUGUUGUUGUUUCUUCUCCGUUACGUUCUCCUGUUUUUGUUGUGGUUUUUUUUUGUCUCUUCUCCCUUUUUUGUUGAUUAUUUUUGUUGCUGUUGUUGUUGGUAAGCCGGCUUUGUCUGAGAGUGGAGGAGUGAAGAGAGCGCCGAGCCCUGCAGAGCGGAGGAGCGCCGGCUGUAGACGGCCGAGUGGUGCGUGCAACGCUAAGUAAAGGCAAACGACGGGCGGACAACGUAACACAGCGGAAACGGGAACGGGAAAGGGAACACCAACGCUUAUGUAAAGCGUAAUAUGGAAGCAUGUCGUCCACGUCCAGCUCCGUGCUAACGUUGUCAUCGUUCAAUCUAUUAUUUUUCACCCAAGUGCUCACGGUGCUUAGCUCCACGAUUAAGUACAACGAAUAUGCAACGGAUAAGGGCGGAAAUGUCAGCAUACCCUGCAUCGCCCAGGGCAACAUAAUGUGGGUCAAAGAACAUGGCAGCAACAGCACAAUAGUCCAGACGGGUCGUGUCUUGGUGCUGCGUAAUGUGAGCACAUCGGAUGCUGGCAUUUAUGUGUGCUUUGCCACAGCCACAACCACUACCACAACUACAAGAGCAACAGCCACAAGCCCAGCGACAACUACCUCACCGCGACUGGAGAAUGAGGGGGAGCAGCAGCUGCCAGAGGAGGAAACCGCAACCGCAGCCACAACCGCAACCGCAACCACAACACAAUCCAAAGAGCAAAAGCCGAAGCAGGUGCAGGAGGAGGAGCUAAAGUAUCAGGCAUACCAGCGCACAAAGCUCACGGUACGCACUGUACCCGGCCCAGUGACGCAGCUGUACUUCAAGGCCUCCACCAUACUGGGCUUUCUCAUCUGGCGCUUCAACAAAACCCAGUCGGGCGGCUAUCCCGUGCGCAGCUUCACCGCCGAAUUCCGGAAUGUAUCGUACAGCCAGCCGCCGGCAAAUGCCAGCUUCGAGCACGCCUGGAGCCGCAUGGAUCCCAUUAAUAUAGCACCCAAUGUGCGUCAAAUGGAGGUGUAUCGGUUGGCGCCAAACACCACCUAUGAGUUCCGGAUAUGGGCCAACAAUGAGCUGGGCAGCGGCGUGGUGGUAACCACCAAUGUCACCACCUUGCCGGAGACCAAAGAAGAGGAUCUCAUACGCCUUAUUAAACCCGACUUAGACAAUUUCGAUCCACGCAUUUGGAUAGUGGCCGUCAGUAUAGUGCUCGGAACACUUGUGAUAUUAGCCAUUGGACUCUGCAUUGUGCUCUCCAAGGAGUGCUACCAAGCAUCGCAAAUGGAACUGCAAGAUGGUUGGGACAGCAUUGAGCUUAUACCGAAUAUAAUACUUAAUCCCGGUUUCAGCGAAUCGGAUGGAGGCGGUGCUGGUGCUGGUGGCGACGAGAAUGAUGCCGAUGCGGCAGCAGCUGCCGAAGCGGAGGAGGAGGCACGAGUGCGAUUUACACGCACCAUUGUAUUCGGGCAGAAGCCACGACCCAGUCGCCUGCACCCCCAUGGACAUCCACAGCAUCGUGCACCGCCGCCGGUGGUGGUGUUCGAUGAUGACGACGACGAUGACGAGGAGGAUCACGAACCCACGAUGGAGAGAUUCAAGCGCAAAGUUUCGGUAUUUUUUACAGGUCCCACCAUCAAACGUAUUUGAGAGUACAAACACUUACCACAUAGGUUGUUGCCACAUUGCGGUUUAAUCUCGGAUUGUUAUUAGAGCUUACACUAGUCACAGUUACGAGUACUUGCAGAAAUGCUACUAAAUACAGUUUGAUUUCAUUUCGGUUUCCUGCGUGCUUCAGAGUUAAGCGAGUUGAGCGCUUUCCAAGUUCUGAUUUGGUUUGCUAUUCCGAAUCGUCACACCACCACACUACACCACAACGCCACAAAUAUCUAGAAUAUAUAUAUAUAUAUAUAGAUAAUAUAUACACUAACUUAACUAAACUAAACUAAAACAAAACAAAUAUAUUGCUGUGAUACCAAAUUCAAUUGAACGGAAAUUGUAAGGAUUUACCAAUAACGAACGUAUAAUUAUUCAUGAAUUUGCUGAAGCUACAACAAGAAAC